GACGUGGUGCGGAUUGUCCUCGGCUAGUUACGGAUCUCCAUUGCGACAGCAAACUUCUAUCAUUCAUUUCAAUUUAUUCAAUAUAAAUAAAUAUCAUUUUAUUAGUUACAAGUGAAAAAAACUGAAAAUGGGAUCAAAAGUUGCUGAGUUUUAUGAUGGAAAAAAUAUAUUUAUAACUGGUGCUACCGGCUUCCUUGGAAGCUGUCUAAUUGAAAAAUUAUUACGCACUACCGCCAUUAAAAAUAUAUAUGUGUUGAUGAGACCGAAAAAAGGUAAACAAAUAAAUGAACGGCUAGAAGAACUCACCAAGAACUCGGUCUUUGACCGAAUUCACGAGGAAAAAAAAGCGAAUUUGUUUAAAAAAUUAAUCGCUGUUGCUGGUGACGUUGGCGAGGAUAAUUUGGGGCUGUCUGCUGAAGACAGAUUUACUCUUGUAGAAGAGGUUCAUGUUAUUUUUCACUCAGCGGCGACUUUGGACUUUGAGGCGAGUUUAAAGUCUGCGGUUGACAUAAACCUUUUGGGGACUCGACGGGUCGUGCAACUCAGCCAAGAAAUUAGAAAUCUCAAGGCAUUAGUUCAUGUGUCAAGUGCGUUUGUCAAUUCAUUUUUACUGGAGACUAAGGAACAAGUUUACCCACCGCCAGCGGACGUAAACGAAGUUCUCAAGAUUGUAAAUGAACUGGAUGAAAAAGCCCUCGCUGAAGUGACGCCGAAGCUGCUAAAAAAUCACCCAAAUGCUUAUACAUUCACAAAACAUUUAGCUGAGCAUGAAGUUGUCAAUGGAUUACUACCAGCGGCGAUCGUCAGGCCUUCGAUGAUCGUAGGAGCAUGGAAAGAACCAGUACCUGGAUGGACUACAUCAAAAAAUGGACCUCAAGGUUUCCUGAUGGGAGCUAGCCGGGGAGUUGUACGUCGGUUACCUGUCGCUAAAGAUCUCAUUUAUGAUUACAUUCCUGUCGACAUUGUAGUUAACUCUCUUAUUGUUGCUGGUUAUGUCGUUGGUUCUAAUACCGACAAAGUGAUCAAGGUGUAUCACUGCACGUCCAGUACUUGCAAUCCGUUUAGAUGGGUAGCCGUUGAAUCAAAAGUCAAUGGAUAUUUACAUAAAUAUCCAUUGAAAAGCGCAGUUUGGUACCCGCAUCUCAAGCUCCUGCCUUCCUUGUGGCUCUACCGGAUCUCUGCUAUUUUUGUUCAUAUGAUACCGGCCUACAUUCUGGACACGGUCACUCGUUUAUCUGGCGGUAGACCCAUACUCGUACGCUUGCACACGAAUGUUAAUAAUUCAUUGGCACGUUUGGAGAGAUUCAUUUUUACUGAAUGGAAGUAUCAUAAUCCGAAAUUACUUGCAUUGCAUGAAUCUCUGACAGCUGAAGACAAAAAAUUGUUUGGCGUUGAUGUCAGACCGUUGAACUGGGAAGAUUUCUUUGUAGAAUUAACUAAAGGGGUCAGAGUUUAUUUGAGUAAAGAACCGAUGAAGAAUAUUGAGAAAGCUCGCUCUAAGGAUAAUAUACUUCUUUUCGCACACUUGGGGCUGCAGUGCGCACUUAUGGGGUUAAUUUGGUGGAUUGUCAAAGUCAUUUUAGGGUCAACGUGGACCACAACUGGGAUGGUUGUACCUCUAACUUAUUUUAUAUUCAGUCUACUUUAAAUAAAUAUCAGUUUUCCAUUUAUAAAUUCAUAAACAAUACAAAUAUUCAUCACUUACUUCCAUAAAUUAAUAUUAGAAUUUAUUAUCUAUAAUUUAUUAGUUUUCCAUUCAAGAUAAAAAUGAAAACAUUUAAUUUCAAUAAAAAAUUAAAACAA